GACCUACUUUUAAUUGGUAAUUGCUUAUCCGUAAAAAUAUCAAUGUAUAAUUAAACGUAUUUAAAACAUUAGCUCAGACAAUGCAAGGGAAAGUGUUUAUGGAAUAUUAUAAAUAAAUUACUUAAAUUCUGUGAUUUGACAAUGGAGUUUUCUUUUGCAUUAACUUUAUUUUUUCUAGUGAUUGCUGACUCCAAAUCUCAAGAAAUGACGCCAUGGGGCAGCGUUCAAAUUUCAACAUGUGACGUCCCUCUGUUUGAUACUCCAUUUUCCAUCUGCUGUUACACCGAAAAUCUACCAAACGAUACAAUAAUCUAUUUCUCGAACAAUUUUGGUCACGUGGCCAAAAUAAAACCACAAUGUCGUUAUGGCGUAGAACAACAUUCUGAUAAUAUGACGUCAAAUUGCAAAUGGAUUGGAAAUAUGAAGGUGUAUUAUCUUACGAUACAUGGUAAAUUUCUACAAGACUAUGCAGACGUUACUUUCGAAUGCGGUUACUUUGUCAGAAAAAGAGAAUUGAAAAUAACUGUCCUAGAUAAUCAUACCACAAGUGUUUUCUUACCUGGUUCAAGUCCUGUGUUGUAUUUCAAGUUACAAAAUGGUUUGGCAAGUAACAUAAGAUUAUACCUACUCCAGACUAACGUCACACUACUAGAAGUCGAUCAAGAAAACAACGUGAAUUACCAUGAUAAUGACGUAACGUUCAACGGAAAUGUUCAUCAAAACAACUUCUCCGCAAAAAUUCUAAACUUACAAAGACAAAGAAACGGGACAUAUGUCUGUGAAUACACCAUUGAUGAUGACACCACUAUGCGAGACGGCAUAACUGUUGUCGUUCUAAGAAAACCAAAGGCGCCGGAAAUCAGAAAUACCACGUGGGAAGUUUUUGGAAAUGGAAUAUCAGGCACUCUAACUUGUGAGGGUACUUCUGAUUUCGCCGCUCCACCUUUCUACAAACCUGCUAUAGCAGCCAAUUUAAUGACUGAAUGGAUCAUACCAUCCGAAAACUAUUGGAAAAACAUUAGUUACUUUUCAUCAAUCAAUGGAUCCUCAGCUAACAUAUCAUUUUUUGAUUGUAAGGAAUAUUUGAUGCCGAUAUAUUGCAAAGUGUCAGAAAAGUCGCUUGUUUCGGACAAAAGCAUUGGGUUUGACCCUGAAAUUAUGUGUUCGGAAUUACGGUCGGCUGAAGAGCAUAAAGAAAUUGUUUUUUUAAUUGUGCUUGGUGUUACAAUGCUUUUAAUGAUUGCUUUUUCUGCAACAGUAGCAUUUCUGAAUAGAAAGAGAAUUCAAGCAUGGAGGCGGCAAAAAAUACCUUCUCUAAUAGACGGAUUACCCUCUGAGCGAGAUUUUCGUUCGGACGAAGUGCAACAAGCAUUGGAACAAAUUGCAAUGGAGGAGUCCAGACAGAAAUAUGAGUUACACGGCGGGCAGAGUACAGGUAGUGUUAUCUAAGUACUAUAAAGAUUUUGAUAGAUUAACCAAACUUUUAUAUAGGUGUUAUAUACGGUGGCGCAGAGGUGACAUUUGUGCAUUUUUAUCUCGUGCCCAGGAGAUACUAUGUCGUGCGCACGAGUAACUAAGUAGUGCGCAGGAGAUAAUUAAGUGGUGCGCACGAGAUACUAUGUCGUGGCCUCAAGUUACUAAGUCGUGUGCACGAGAUAAUUAAGUUGAGCGCACGAGAUAAAUAAAACACAAACAUGUCACCUCUGUGUCACCGUAGUUAUAGGCAGUGCUCGAUAAUUCAAAGAACUUUAUUCUCAAAUUAGUAAUUGACAUAUUCACCAAACUUUGAUACAGUUGAGUUCAAGUGUUUUUUGUUUUGGUAUCAAUAAAGAUUUUUGUUUAUGAGAAAGAAUAUGUGCACAACUUCCAUUUCAUGUUACGUAAUACAUUUUGUAAUAAGAUUACAUUGUUUGUUAGCUAAAAUAACUGACAGCUGAGUAAGACGGGAUAUAGUGAAAUAGACUUGACCAAUAUUUGGGGAGUUUUUCCCGCCUUCUCCCUGUCUGUAAGGCGUAAAUAUAUUGUUUGUUUUACUGCAAUUAUCACUGUUCUAUCUCUAGUCAUCGUACAUAUUAAUGUAAAAAGGAUAAAGACAUUACACAAACACCAAAGCAAUCAAUCUUUAUCAUAUUAUUUACAUUAAACAUCUUAUUUUUCUUAUAACCCUAUAUUUGGCGAAAUUAUCGGCGUGAAUCCUCCAUAAAGCAUACAACUAUAGAUCUGUACAAGCAAAACAGUUUCUGUUAACAUCAGCACAAAUUGAGAAGCACAAAUUAUUUAUCAGCACAAAUUAUUUAAUAUCUUUUUAUCAGCACAAAUUAUUUAUCCAUUGCGUUCAAAAAUCAGCACAAAUGUUAUAUCAAAACAGAAAACAGCAAAUCUUUCCAGCAGUCCUAUAUUCAUACAUAUUAAACCGCGCUUAUAUUACUAUUUUAUGUUAAUACUUUGUUGACGCCGCAAAAUAGCGAUAUGGCACCUUUUAUAGCAAAACAGAAACAAAAGAGGGCCCCGAAAAAAAAUCGUGACCCCUCUCUAAUAAAUAAAGCUUGGACGAAGCUGAUGGCUCGUUGCAGCUGAGCGCUGAUACCAUCCCCUCUGGAAGGAUAUUAUUAGAUUCACGCCGGUAACAUCUUGCUGGAGUGCAAAGAAUCUGUCUCUUAGCCUAGCUUAAGGUGAUUCCGCUUUGUCAGCCGUGUUUGUUUUCACUAAGUUGGUCCUAAGUGAAAGUAGGCCAAAAUUUAUAUAACAAUAAAGCUCUCAAUGUAAAAUGAUUAACCAUUUGAAAAUACACUUCCAGGUCUAUGUUUUAAAGACUAUUAUUUCAGGUGUAAGUUUGGCUGGGUGGGGAUAAUUAUAAAUUGCUGUCAGUCACAUAGGAACUCUGAGUUAGGACCGCCUAUUGCGGCGCAUAAAUCCGAAUCCGUACAGACUUUACAUAUUGUUCGUCCGACCUUUGAAUUUCUUUUCAUAUUAUGCGAGCGUGUGGUCUUUAAUUAUCUUAUCUUAAUUUAAUAUAAUCUGCUAAUUUAAAUAUCAGUCAAAUUUACGGUAUAUUGAAAAAGAAAAGGAGUGAAAUCUGCAUUAACCGCAACGUUCGGCGUAAGUUAUUCCCCUUGAUAUGCUUGAUUUUUGUUUUAAUUUUUCUAGUACUCUCUUUUGUCACUCAAUACAUGGAAAACGUUCACAUUUCCUAGUAAUGAAUACCAGAUGAGUCGCUAAAAUAUUUAUCUAUGGAUCAUGUUUUAAUAUUCCUUUUUUCAGUAAGGCAAAAUCAGUUGGACCAUAUUACUAAAGUGUCUGUUUUCCCCAUGUUAGCAAAUAAAAACACGAAUACGCCCGUUAAAAUGCCGCUUAUACAUGUCAACACGUGUAAACAAUAAACCGUGAACGUUAUAUCCAGCCGAUACCACAGGCACGA